AUGCCGGGCACACCGACGCAUGUGCUUUUUGAGAGCGCCGUCGGCCUUGCGCUGUUCAAGGUCGAGCAGGUAGAAAGUAUUGGGUCACAAACCAAGCAGGUUCAAGAGGCCAUGGACGAUCUUCCGUCGUUCGGCAAGAUGGUGAAGCUUUUGAGCUUUAGCCCUUUCAAGAGUGCACCAGAUGCUCUCCAAGGGGCCCUUGAUAUUUCGGAAGGCGUCGCUAACGAGCAUCUCAAGACAUUACUAACGCAAAACCUGCGCCCUGAAGGGAAAAAGGUCAAGGGCAUCGAGCUGGGUGUGUGCGAUCGCAACCUUGCCUCAUCCAUUGUGGGCGAGCUUGGCAUUCCAUGUGACACGGGCGAGACAUCGCAGGAGCUUAUUCGUGGUGUGCGUCUUCAUGCGGAAAAGCUUCUUAAAGGUAUGGCGGAUGGCGACCUGGCUCGCGCUCAGCUCGGAUUGGGUCACUCGUUUUCCCGGUCCAAAGUCAAGUUUAAUGUCAACCGCAGCGACAAUAUGAUUAUUCAGGCUAUUGCUCUGCUUGAUACGCUUGACAAGGAUGUGAAUACAUUUGCGAUGCGAGUGCGCGAAUGGUACGGCUGGCACUUCCCUGAACUGGUGCGCAUUGUGCCUGACAAUAUCACUUAUGCUCGAUUGGCUCGCUACAUCAAGGCCAAGGAACACCUGAGCGAAGAUAAUCUAGAGGACCUCACCGAUAUUCUCGAAGGUGAUGAGACAGCUGCUCACAACGUUUUGGAUGCGGCCCGCGCUAGUAUGGGCACAGAAGUCGGUGAAUUGGACAUGAUCAACAUUGAAAACUUUGCAGACCGGGUCGUGCAUCUGGCUGACUAUCGCAAGAGCAUGCACGCCUAUCUCGUUGAAAAGAUGCAUCUUGUGGCACCUAACCUCUCUGCCCUUCUUGGUGAAGUCGUUGGCGCGCGUCUCAUCUCACACGCGGGCUCUCUCACCAACCUGGCCAAGUACCCUGCCUCAACGGUGCAGAUUCUCGGAGCCGAAAAGGCAUUGUUCCGUGCCCUUAAGACGAAAGGCAACACGCCCAAAUACGGUUUGAUCUACCAUGCAUCAGCUAUCUCGCGUGCUGCGCCCAAGAAUAAGGGUCGCAUGUCCCGUUUUCUUGCCAACAAAAUCAGCAUUGCAUGCCGUAUCGACUGCUUCUCCGAGGCGCCCUCCACCAAGUUUGGUGAGGUUUUGCAUAUGCAGGUGGAAGAGCGCUUGGCUUUCUACGAAACGGGUAAGCCGACGACCAAGAACAGUGAUGCUAUGCGCAAGGCUAUUGCUGCUAUUGAAGAGGCAGCUGGCGAUCUGAUGGAUGUGGAUGCUGAAGAGGAUGAUAAGGAAGAUGUGGAAGCAGACGAGGAGGAAGACUCGGCGGAUAAGAAGAAGACUCUAAAGACAUCCUCCAAGGUGGACAAGAAGAAGAAAAAGAAGGAUAAGAAGAGCAAGUCUGAGGACGUAGAGAAGGCGGCUAAAAAGGCGGCUAAAAAGGCCGAAAAAGAAGAGAAGAAGAAAAAGAAGAAGGAUGCUUAA